CUUUUGAGGUUGUUUUCGUGGCAUGCAUGCUUUUCUAACGGUAAGAAUUCAAUAUCUUUUAGAGAUUUUAUGAUCUAAAAUCUUCUUAUAACGUAUAAAUUGUCUGUAAAUUAAAUUAAUAUCGUUUAUUGAUGAAAUAUUAUAUAAUCGAACAAUUAAACAAAAGGGUUCCAAAAACAACUGCAGUACGAUACGUUGCUAGAACACACGUUUAUAAACGAAAUGUCUGUUGUGAAAUUUUCUAGUCACUUCUACAUAUUUUAUUAAACUUAACACUAAAAAAUCAUAGAUACUUAAGAAAUUGGGAAUAUAAAAAAUUAAUUGUCAUCUUAACGAUCUUGCCUAGUAUACCACGAUGCAGAUAUUUGUGAAAACUUUGACGGGUAAAACUAUCACUCUUGAAGUAGAAGCAUCAGAUACUAUAGAAAAUGUGAAAGCUAAAAUUCAGGAUAAAGAAGGAAUACCACCUGAUCAGCAACGUCUUAUUUUUGCUGGAAAGCAAUUGGAAGAUGGUCGUACUUUAUCGGACUAUAAUAUUCAAAAAGAAUCCACCUUACAUCUUGUUCUUCGACUUCGCGGUGGUGUAAUUGAACCUACUUUACGUAUUCUUGCACAGAAAUAUAAUUGUGAUAAAAUGAUUUGUAGAAAGUGUUAUGCACGCCUUCAUCCACGUGCAACGAAUUGUCGUAAAAAGAAAUGUGGGCAUACAAACAAUAUUCGACCAAAGAAGAAACUGAAGUAAACUAUAUACUUCUACUUAAUUUCUACUUACUCAUUUUACAAAUGUAUCUCUUCUCUAAAAGAUGGUUUUAAUAAAACGUACAUAAGAAUGUGA